AUGCCUCCGUUCGUUCCGCGCAAGAGGCGCUCGCCCUCGCCUGAAGCCCCUCCUGCCAAACGAAGAGAGACUGCCCGUGGCAAGAAAGCUUCCGUCGACAAAAAACCCACCAAGCCCACCAAGCCUAAGAGCAGUGUCUUUGAUGCAAUCGAUACUCUGAACACCAAGGCAACAGCCGAAGAGGCUAAGAACUUCUUUGAAAGCGUUGGCAAAGGCGAUAGCGACGACAAUGACGACGACGAUGCCUCGGAAGACAAGGUCGACGACGACAGUGCCAUCCAAGACAUCAACAUCUCCAUCAACGAGGACGGAAGUGUCCAGGCCAUCGCCGCCGCUGAGCAGCAAGCAAAGGCUAAGAAGGGUCCUUCCAAGAGAGAACGCCAGGCCCGCAUCCGAGCACAUUGUAUCCACGUCCAAACUCUACUCUUCCACAACGCCGUCCGUAACUCAUGGCUCAACGACGCCGAACUACACAAGAUCCUGCUUGACAGUCUGAGCCAAGGUGUUAAAGACGAGAUCGAUCGCUGGAAGAUCAAUAUGGGCAUGAAGCAGCCUCCACCCAAGAAGAAGCAGAAAGGAAAGAGCAAGGGAAACAACAAGGGACGGGAUUGGGGACAAGACGCUGAUAGACUCGAGCCUGGCGUGCCCAACCUCAGCAGUGGAGACCCUCUGCUUAGACUGCUCAAAGUCUUGACUGCCUACUGGAGAAAGCGCUUCAACGUCACUGCUCCUGGUAUACGCAAGCAAGGCUACCUGCCGCAAAGACUCAUCACCUAUGAGAUCAAGGCAUGGGCAAAGAACAAGUCCAACUUCGAACGCCAUGGCGAACGCAUCGAGAACAUCGACGAGUUUCGCAAGUGCGCAAAAGAAUGCCGAGGCUCGCGAGAUGUUGGCGCCCAGCUGUUUACUGCUCUGAUCAGAGCCAUCGGCAUUGAGUCUAGAAUGGUCGCCAGUCUGCAGCCCACUGGCUUCGGCUGGACGAAAGUCGAGGAUGGAGAGAUCAAGAAGCAGCCGCAAACUACAUCCACCAACCCUGUCGAGAUCUCUGACGAGGAGAGUGCUGCUGAAUCUCCCAAACCCAAAUCAAAAGCGAAAGCAAAGAAGCCACCCAAGAUCGAGAAGCCUGCUCGGAAGUCUACUCGAAAAUCUCAAAGCGCUGUGGUCAAAGACGAGUCUAGUGAGCUCUCAAGUGUACCAUCAGACGCCGACGACGAUGACGAUGCUUCAGUAAUCGACAUUACACCCGCACCUCCACCAAAGAACACGAAGAAAUACGACCGCGACCUGGCAUACCCUCAUUACUGGACAGAGGUACUGUCUCCAGUGUCGAACACUUACAUUCCAGUCGACUCUAUCGUCCUGUCCACUGUUGCUAGCAACCAAGAAUUGUUAUCUACCUUCGAACCUCGAGGCAAGCGUGCCGAUCAAGCUAAACAGGUCAUCUGUUAUGUUAUCGCUCACAACCAAGACACAACUUGCAAGGAUGUCACUGUGCGCUACCUCAAGAAGCACCAAUUGCCUGGGCGUACUAAAGGUUUCCGUAUGCCCGUCGAGAAAAUACCUGUUCUCAAUAAGCGUGGCAAGGUCAUCAAGACUGAAGACUAUGAUUUCUUCAAGCGUAUCAUGUCACCUUUUGUCCGCCCUCACAAUAAGCGUACUGCAGCAGACGACAUUGAAGAUGCUGAAUUUGUUCUUGAACGCCAUCUUCGUCGUGAAGAAGCCAUCCUUCCUGAUGCAAAGCAAGUCAGGACAUUCACCUCUGGCAAGGGCGACAAGGAAAAGUCAGAACCUGUAUACAGGCGAGCUGACGUUGUGAACUGCAAGACUGUUGAGUCAUGGCAUAAAGAAGGUCGACAAAUCAAGCUUGGGGAGCAACCUCUCAAGAUGGUCCCCGUGCGAGCGGUCACCCUCAUGCGUAAGCGUGAAAUGGAAGAAGCUGAACGCGAGACUGGCGAGAAGCUCAAACAAGGCCUGUACGGCAUCGACCAAACUGAAUGGAUCAUUCCACCACCAAUUGAGAAUGGUAUCAUUCCUAAAAAUGCAUACAACAAUAUUGACGUGUAUGUACCGUCGAUGAUACCCAAAGGUGCUGUCCAUAUUCCCCUUCGCAGCACUGCCAGAAUCUGCAGAAAACUCAACAUCGACUAUGCCGAAGCAUGCACAGGUUUUGAGUUCGGCAAGCAGCGCGCAGUUCCCAUCAUCACUGGUGUGGUCGUGGCUGCCGAGAAUGAAGACGCUGUCAUUGACGCUUGGGAAGUUGAGGAAGCCGAACGCAAACGUAAAGAAGACGUCAAGAGGCAGGCUACUAAUCUGCAUUUGUGGCGCAAAUUCCUUAUGGGCUUGCGUAUCGUCGAACGUAUCAGGUCAGAUUAUGCUGGUCGACCGAACGAGAUUGACGAGGUCAACCCAUUCGUGAAUCGCGACAAGCAAAAGAAGAAGAAAACGCCCAGAGAUGAGAUGACUAUGGGUGGCGGCUUCUUGGUUUCCGAAGAUGAAGAAGACGAGAAACCCCAGGACACCAAAGAGGAAGACACAGACCUUAGUCUUGGUGGUGGCGGUUUCAUGCCUGAAGAUGAAGAUGAGGACGAUACCAAAGCAGAAGACGCCGACAUCGAGAUAGGUGGUGGCUUUCUACUCGAUGAGGACGAUGCAGAAGAAGAGAAGAAACCAGUCACUAGCUCGCACUUUGCGCCAAUGUCUCUGGCAGCCGCAAGCCGUCAAGCUCAAUCAUCUGAUGCUGAGCCUGUGAAAGAGGAAGAAGAGAGCGAGGAAGACAUGGACGCCGAAGAACUCCCACCUCAACAUCGCAAUCCUCGUGCUUCUACAGCUACUGCUAAACCAAAUGCGAAGCCAAAAGCAGCACCCAAAGCCAAGGCAAAAGCUGUUUCUAAGCCAACGCCAAAACGUCCUGCUAGAAAGAGCAAAGCUAUUAUCUCUGAGUCCGAAGAAGAAGAGCACGAGAAUGAAGAUGAUGAAGAAGCUCAUUCAUCCUCUUUGUCCGAUCUCACAGACGCAUCUGAGGAUUCUGCACCUCAAAAGUCGAUCAAGAGACGCAACUCUUCGCCUCGUGUUGUCAUAUCACCACGUAAGAAGAAUGGUAUCAAGAAAGAGAUUAAGAGUCCAUACUUCUCACAUACCGAGGACGAUGGUGCCGGCGAAGAGAUGGAAGAAGACGAGGAAAGCGAAGAGGAGGUUGUAAAGCCUCGGAUGACUACUAGACGCACGAGAGGAAAAGGAUAA